AAGCAGGAGAGUCUCAUGGCGCCCGACUAGAAUGAAGCAACAAUUAUCGGUUACUAAUUUCUGUCGUGUUUAGCGCGUCUACACUGAAGGAUACCGCUCUACUGGAAAAUACACGUCAUGGAUUCGGAGGAGAAUGAGGUGGAGAGCAGCAGUGAUGCAGGUCCCUCAGGGAUGGAGGAGCCAUCUGAGAGCGGCAUGGGCAUGGAGUCAUCCGAGGCCAUGUCUGCAGACAGCAGUGAUGCUGCUGCCUCUCACACACAGGCCCCGGAGUCCGACUGCCACGUGGGACAGAGCUCAGAGGGAGUUGUGGUGUUUAUUCCAGAAACCAGCUCCAGUACAGACGUCAGAGUUUCAUCAGUCCACCUCCCAGACUCCUCCUCGGUGGCCCAGUCCACCAGCGUGUCCAGCGUCUCCACGGUGACUCAGUCAGUUCUGGUCUCUGAGUCAGCCCAAGUGCUGGUCCACUCCAGCGCAGCGUCUGAAGGAGCCAUGAUGGUUUCUGACUCGACUGCUUCCACCUCGUCAGACCUCGGCUCUGCCAUCGACAAGAUCAUAGAGUCCACCAUCGGCCCUGACAUCAUGAACGGCUGCAUCGCUGUGACCAGUGCAGAAGACGGAGGUGCAGAAACAACCCAGUACCUGAUAUUACAAGGACCAGAUGAUGCCAUAGAAGCUCUUGCAGAAGGUCCCACCUCCACCUGUCUGGACCAGGGAGACCUGCAGGGCAACCUCGACCCUGACCAGCCCGACGAUCAGCCCGGACACUCAGGUUACCCGGAGGACAGCAGCAGCCAGCCAGACCAGCCCGAGCACUCCCACCCCUCCCAGUAUAUAGACUGCAGCGCAGAUGGUCCAGACCAGACAGGGGAGUCUUCAUCUUCCUAUGUGGAGUGCUCAGGCGAGGAACCAGAUCAGACACGCUCCCAGUCAGGUUUCCCCGACUACAGUGGGGACAACAGCGACCAGGACCUGCCUGGAUAUGUGGAGUGCAGCGGGGCGGACUCAAACCCGACCAGCCAGGGUCACUACGUGGUGGAGUGCAGCGCCGGGUACCUGGAAUGUGCGGUGGACGACGGGCAGCGACCGCAUCAUUCACGCAGUUACAUUGACAGUAGCGCAGAUCACCGGACUCAGACAAGUCGGCAGUACGGGACUGAGUACGGAGGGGAGUGUGUUGCAGCUGCAGACUCCGAGCAGCCUGGUUGUUCUCGGUAUCAAGUGAGAGACGAUGACGAAGACGACGAGGGGAACCAGGAUCCAGACCAGCCCCAGCACUCCCAGCAGCAGCCCCAGCACUCCUGCUAUAUGGAGAGCAGUAACGGCCCCGAGGCUUCUCUCUACGCCGACGACAGCUCCUCCUCCGACCUCCCUUUGGCAGACACGGCAGGUUCCGGCGGGCUUCCCGAGGCAUUGGAGAGCAGCGAGAGCCAGCCCGGGCCCUACAUCAGCAGCAGUGGGACAUACACCUCCAAUCCAGAGCCUGGGCUCGCCCAACAGUGCUCCCCCAGCCAAGAGGAGCCUCAAGGCUCCCAGGGGCCUCAGGACGAAGCCGGGAUGGUCCGGGAGAUGGAGACAUCAACGGUGGCAGAAGGCUCCGGACACAGACCGCCUAACCUGGCCGAGUUGGAGGAGAUGAUGGAAGUGGUGAUCGUGCAGCAGUUCAAGUGUAAGAUGUGUCCGUACAAGAGUGCCUCUAAAGACACGCUCAUCAACCACAUGAGAGACAAACACUUCAAACCUGCAGGGGACGUGUCAAAGAAGCGUAAACGUGGACGACCUCCAAAAAGUGAGACAUUUGCUCGUCGUCAGGCAGAGAGACAAGAAGCUGAAGAGAGAAAAGCAGCGACUGCGAAAACUGCUGCACCACAACAAGCAGAAGAAGAGGAGGACGAUAUUGUGGAUGCUGGUGCCAUUGAUGAUCCUGAAGAGGAUAGUGACUACAACCCUGCUGAGGAGGACUGCAAAGGAAGACCACCUGCCGUUAUUAAGAAGCCCGCUCCUCCUAUCUCCUCCUCCUCCUCUCAAGGGCGUCCUCGACGAAAGGUUGGCCGCCCAAGGAAGUACAGCCUUUUUGAUGAAGGCUACAGCAACAAAGAAGCUGAGAGUACUGCUAAGAAGCCCAGGGUGAGUGCAGGUGCUAGUGCACCUGAAGAGGCGAGCUCCUCUGGGCUGAACAACAGUCCUGCUGUGGUGACCGAUGGAGACACAGCUGAGGCAGCGAUAAGCCAGUCAGACUCUGAGAACAAAGACCCUUCAUCCAACACUCAGCCGGAGGAGUUCUUCCCCAGAAAACGGGGCAGACCCUCCAAGCGAUUUCUCCGUAAGAAGUAUAAGAAGUAUAUAAAUCGAAAUCGGUACUACAAAUCCCUGAAGCCGCUGCUGAGACCUCACAACUGCUGCAUCUGUGGCUCACGCUUCCUCACUCAGGAAGACUUGCGCUUCCACGUGGACUCUCAUGAAGGCAACGACCCGGAGCUCUUCAAGUGCCUCCAGUGCAACUAUCGCUGCAAACGCUGGUCUUCACUCAAGGAGCACAUGUUCAAUCAUGAGGGCACCAAGCCGUUCAAGUGUGAGGAGUGUGAUUACACAAGUGUCUACAGGAAAGAUGUCAUUCGCCACUCAGCAGUCCACAACAAAGACAAGAAAAAGAAGACAGAGUUGGCACCAAAGGUGUCAGAGUUCCUCUGCCCAGUGUGCCACAGGGUUUACCCCAUGCAGAAGAGACUGACCCAGCACAUGAAGACCCACAGCUCAGAGAAACCUCACAUGUGUGAUAAGUGCGGCAAAUCCUUCAAGAAACGGUACACAUUCAAAAUGCACCUGCUGACCCACAUCCAGAGUCUUGGAGACAGCAAGUUCAAGUGUGAAUUUUGCGAUUAUACCUGUGACAACAAGAAGCUGCUGCUCAACCACCAGCUGUCCCACACCAACGACCGGCCCUUCAAGUGUGACUACUGUAAAUACUCCACUGCUAAAGAGGAGUUCCUGGUCUCCCAUCUGGCCAUCAAACACACGGGGGAAAAGCCUUUCUCGUGUGACAUGUGUCACUUCACAACGAAGCACAGGAAGAACCUGCGUCUACAUAUUCAGUGUCGCCACCCUGAGGCGUUUGACGAGUGGUCUGUGGCUCACCCCGAGGAGCCGGUCAGGAGGCGGCGCAGACCCUUCUUCACCCUGCAGCAGAUAGAGGAGCUCAAACAGCAGCAACAUGCAGACACACAGGACUUGCAGAACACUAUUGUUGCAGUGGAUUCUGCUACACUACAAGCCAUGCAGGGUAUGGAAAAUGCCUCUGUUUCCCAGGAUGCACUGGGAAACACCACCAUCAUCUAUGAACAAGCUGAAUCCAGUGAUCAGUCUGCUCAGAACGCCCUGGACCUGCUGCUGAAUAUGAGAAACGCCCGGGAACUGGUUGGAAACGCCUUACAGGUGGCGGUGCUGAAGUCAGAAGGUAAAACUCUUGAAAACGGCACAUGGAGUACGGUGGCCGCAGCGCCGGGCCAGGCACAGAAGGUCGUCACCUUCCACGUGUCUGAGAACGGUGAGACGGUGCUGCAGGAGGCCUUUGAGGCGGCCACCUCUGAAACAGGAGAGCUCACCCAGAUCGCCAUCGAAGCCUACGAGGGCGGAGGGGACUUCAGUGUGGUGGAGCAGGCGGCGGAAGAGAUCCACAGCCCCGGGUACAGUAACGAUGACAGCAGUCCCUCUCAGGCUGUAGAGGUCUCUGGGUCAGACAGCCUGAAAAGUGACAAGUACUACCUAACCUCAGCACUGCCUGACGGUGUUCUGCAGCAGGUGGAGCUGAGCAGCGAGGCUCCAGCCUCUCCCUCUGCUGCGAGCUCGCCCGGCCUGAACACCAAGAGGUUCUCCUGCCGGAUAUGCAUGGAGUCGUUCCACGGACGAUCCGACAUGGAGAACCACAAGAGGGCGCACUUGGACCCCAACACCUUCAAGUGUCCUGACUGUGAGUUCACCUCCACCUCGUGGCCCGAGGUCAAGACUCACAUGGAGCUGCAUUCCUACCUAAGGCCUCACAAGUGUCCAAACUGUAGCUUUGCCUCCAAGAACAAAAAAGACCUGCGCCGACACAUGAUGACACACACCAACGAGAAACCGUUUACGUGCAAACUUUGUGGACAAAGGUUUAACCGUAACGGCCAUCUGAAGUUUCACAUGGAGCGUCUCCACAAUCAGGAUCAUCCUGCUCGCGGGAAAAGCCGUCCCGCCACAUCUCAGCAGACCAUCAUCGUGAACAGUGACGAGGAGGCUCUAGCUACACUGCAGUCCCUACAGGCCCAUCAGACAGUGAUCAGCCCGGAGCGUUUGCAGGCCCUGGGACAGGAGCACAUCAUUGUAGCUCAGGAACAGGCACUAUCAGACCAGGAGGAAGGCACAUACAUCCAGCAGAUCACCACCAUAGAUGGACAGACAGUGCAGCACCUGAUGACCGGAGAGAACCAGGUGACUGAGGUUCAGUAUAUCAUCUCACAGGAUGGAGUGCCGCACUUGAUCCCUCAGGAGUAUGUCGUGGUAGCUGAUGGCAACCAUAUACAGAUGCCAGAUGGACAGAUCAUCCAGUAUGAGCAUGAUGGGACAUUUCUGCAGGAGCAACAGAUUGCUGUGAGUCACGACGGUCAGAUCCAGUAUCUACCUGUGAGCUCGGAGCAACAGGUGGUGAAUACUGAAGAUCUGGAGGCUGCUGCCCACUCUGCUGUCACAGCCGUGGCGGACGCAGCCAUGACGCAGACCCAGACCGUCUACACUGAAGCUACGCCUGAACAGCUGGAGCAGCUGCAGCAGCAAGGCAUCCACUACGAUGUCAUCACCUUCACAGAGGAAUAGACAGACUUUUAAACCUACAAACUACAAACCACUAUGAGCUGACAAGUACAGCGACCUCAACUUAUUUAUGCAUUCAGCUAGCUAACAGCAUCGCCUGCUCGGGGCGGCUGCACUGUUUUAGAGAAGAUCAACGUUUUGUAAAUGCAAAUUGUUGCACUCAUUGCUUCUGACUUAAUCAUAGGAGCUGUGCGUUUCAGAGUUAACUUAGGUUGGUCUGUUCUGUAAUUAUCAAAAAUGAUUUAUGUUCAUGUGCCUCAACUGCUUCCAUUUGCAAGACAAUGUUAUUAAAGAGAAUGAAAAGGCUUAUAUCAUGUGUUAGAGAGUAUACCGAGCGUCCAAAUGAACAUUUUAGUUUUUGAAUGGAAUUGAUAAAAAGGGAGUGUUUAUUUUUGGGUCUGUAACAAUAAUGGUGAUUAUUAGAAUGCCACAACAUUGUGUUUACUAAAUAUUAAUAUGUACAUACCUUUUGCAUUUGUCUUUUGUUACAUGAUGGAGGCUGUGUUUUGAUUUGGUGAAUAUAAAGUGUUUAAUAAGCUGAAAGCUGACACCAAAUAAACCAC